AUGGCUUGGAAACCGAUGGCACUCGCAUUCCUUCUUGCCAGCCCUGCCCUGGCAGAUGUGUAUUUUGGCACCCUCUCAGGUGACGACCUCAAUAGCGGGACAUGUACAUGUGUUAAGAGAGAUAUAGAUCCAUCAGAUGACUGUGGUGCAACAUGGACUGCAGCAGGAGACACAACGCCAUCGCCACCAGCAGGAACGUUUUACGCAAACGUGAUCGAUACGGCAGAUAAGAACGCAAUUGUCGGGCGAUGUGUGUACGAGGAGAGCGACGCGCAUUACUGCAGCGAUGUUAUAGAUACACUGUUGUGGGAGGCAGGUGUUCACUGUUACAUGGAACCAGGUGUUGGUUGUUAG